AUCAUUCAAACUUAGACCCAAAAUACAAUACGAUAUUCAUGGCAUCCAAUCCAAACACAAAAAGGAACCACGGUAGCACCGCGACUCAGGUAUUCAAGUACUUGUCCGAACUCGUCUCUCCUUUUGGUAAAAAUUUAACCCCAAAAAAAACAAAAGGGAACCAUUAAUUGCUUGGAAUUUAUUCUCAAACUCAAAGAACAUUUUUUGUUUGAAAGAAGGUGCUGAAACUAUUAGACCCCUCCGGAGGAAACCCUCAACCUCUUUGGUUGAGGAAUAUAAGCUUUAUGGCAGAGAUUCUGAAAUUGAGGCCAUUGUUGGCUGGUUGCUCUCUGAUGAUGAUGAUGCUGAUGGCUGUGGCACUAAUAAGUUUGUACUCAUAGUGGGACCUGAUGGAAUUGAUACCAUUUUUACUUUGAGAUGGGGAUUAUGAAAACCAUGUCUCAAACUUCCUUUUUCCCGGAAACAACUAAUUUUCACCUCCUCCUCCUCCUUAUUCUACCUGUUCUGUUCAUCUUCCUCAUCAGUCACUUCAAAACUUGGUCUGUGUUCAAAUCCUCAUCACUUCCACCUGGUCCAUUUCCAUGGCCAGUUAUAGGCAAUAUUAUUCAAAUAGGAACAAAACCUUACGUCUCUCUCGCACGCCUUGCUGAAACCUAUGGCCCUCUCAUCUCACUCAAAUUUGGAAACCAACUACUCAUUGUAGGCUCAUCGCCGUCUGCUGCAAUGGAAAUUCUCAGGAUACAUGACCGGAAUUUAUCUGGACGACAUGUUCCUCACGUUUUAGCAGCUAAGAGUUUGGAACUCAACAGAUUUUCACUUGGGUGGUCUCUAAAGUGCAAUGAAUUCUGGAGGAACUUGAGGACCCUUUGUCGAGAAGAGCUAUUCUCAAGCAAAGCAAUAAGUAGUCAAGCUUGUAUAAGAGAGACAAAGGUAAAGGAAAUGUUGGAAUUUAUAGGUAAAAGGGAAGGCAAGGUGGUUAGAAUUAGAGAUGUAGUUUCUGCUGUUGUGCUCAAUAUGCUUGGUAAUAUUAUGGUCUCAAGAGAUCUUGUAAACUUGGAAGAUGAGAGUGUUCAUACUGGGGAAAUUAAUCGGAUUUUGAGGAAUAUUUCGGAUCUGGCUUCUAUUCCAAAUAUAUCGGAUAUUUAUCCAUUAUUGGCUCCAUUAGAUCUGCAAAGAUUAAGAAAGAAGGGUAUGGAACUCCAUCAAAGGAGCAGUGAGAUGUGGAAGACAAUCAUCAAAGAUCGGAAGGAGAACAGAGAAAUUGGUAUUGCCCCAAACCAUCAAGAUUUUCUUGAUGCCAUCAUCAAAAAAGGCUGUCCUGAAGAUCAAGUGAAUCUGCUAUUUCUGGAGUUAUUUAUUGCUGGCACAGACACUAGCAGCUGGGUGAUUGAGUGGACUAUGGCAGAACUAAUUAGGAAUCCAAGAUGCUUGAAGAUUGUUGAAGACGAACUUGCUACAGAAAUCAAACACAAUUCUAUAACAGAAUCCCAUGUAGCCAAUUUAACAUACCUUCAAGUUUGUAUUAAAGGUUGUACCCUCCUGUGCCACUUCUCAUCCCUCAUCGGGCAGUUGAGUCAUGCCAAGUUAUGAACUACACCAUUCCCAAGGACUCAAUGAUUCUAGUGAACCUUUGGGCCAUUGGAAGGGGCGUCAAUUACUGGGAAGAUCCAUUAGAGUUCAAACCAGAAAGAUUUCUCAACUCAAGCUUGAAUUUCAAAGGGAAUGACUUCGAAUUCAUACCUUUUGGUUCAGGGAGGAGAAUUUGCCCUGGCUUAACAAUGGCUUCCAUGCAUGUUUCAUUGAUUGUUGCCUCCCUUGUUCAUUUCUUUGAUUGGUCUCUUCCACAUGGAAAGGAUCCAAAGGACUUGGAUAUGACAGAGAAAUUUAGUAUUGAUAUGGUGAAAGAAGAGCCUCUCCUCCUCAUUCCAAAAACUAAAUUUUAAGUGAAGAUUAUUCCAUACCUUCUGUUAGGUGAAUACAGAAGCUACAGAGACCACCAAGCAUACUUGAAGAACAGAGGAAAGCAAGGUAAGCUAUUGCAUAAAGCUUCAAUAUUCGUAUGAAAUGAACAUUCUACAUAAUAUGUUUUCUGAUUUGCAAAUUCUGAUGUGCCUUCAGAGAUUGUUUUGAAAAUCAGAUUUUUAAGUUCAGGACCUCAUAUCAGAAUGGUAAAAUGAAUUGCAUUUAUUGUAAUAUAAAGAACCUUCUAGACUUUUUAAAUAGCA